CCUAAGAAUUUGCAAAAUGGCGCCGAUAACAUGACCCAUCGCCCCAGACGUAACUCCCACCCUUUUUCCCGCGCGUGUACUCUACUCGCCUCCCAUCAAUUCACGACUGUCGGAGUUCUUUUUCACUGCUCUACCUCCGGCGACUGCAUAUUCUUCCUUUUUCUAUCAGAUCUCUCUCUCUCUCUCUCUUUCUCUUUUCAAAUUUUCCACCGGUCGUUUUCACUAAUCUGUUGAAUCAAUUAAUUUCUCUUAGAAGAAUCGUACCUUUGUUUAUUAUUAUUUUUAUUCUUCUCUUGAAUCCUCCAAGGAUUCUAUCUACCUUUGCGGUUGAACCAUUUAUUGCAGCCGGUGGUUCAUUUCAAUGUCACGGACGCUGUUUGUUUUGAUUUUGUGUCUGAGUGCGUUGCGGUUGGGAGUUUCGUUGGGAUCGCGUUCGAUCCUUAGAACAGUCACUGAUAAGAGCGGGGAUUCUGAAGAUUACGCCGUUGAUUUGAACGCCACCAAUUUUGAUGCGGUUCUUAGGGAUACUCCAGCUACUUUUGCGGUUGUUGAGUUUUUUGCUCACUGGUGCCCUGCAUGCAGAAACUAUAAGCCCCAUUAUGAAAAAGUUGCUAGGCUUUUCAAUGGACCGAAUGCUGUGCACCCAGGAAAAGUAUUAAUGACAAGAGUGGACUGCGCAUUGAAGAUGAAUACCAAUCUUUGUGAUAGAUUUUCGGUAGGCCACUAUCCUAUGCUCUUUUGGGGUCCUCCUUCCAAAUUUGUGUCUGGCAGUUGGGAUCCGAAGCAAGAGAAAAGUGAAAUACAUAAUAUUGAGAAUGGACGGACUGCAGAAAAGUUACUAAGUUGGAUAAACAAGCAAAUGGGCAGCUCAAUUGGCUUGGAUGACGAAAAAUUUGAAAAUGAGCAGAAUCUGUCAUCCAAUAUCUCAGAUCCAGGACAGAUUGCUCGAGCAGUCUAUGAUGUCGAGGAGGCAACAUCCAUUGCCUUUGAUAUUAUCUUGGAACACAAGAUGAUCAAAUCUGAAACUCGAGCAUCCCUUAUAAAGUUUCUUCAACUUCUGGUGGUUCAUCAUCCUUCCUUGAGGUGUCGAAAAGGUAGUGCAGAGAUACUUGUAAACUUCGAUGAGUUGAACCCUGCAGUUAUGAAACAAGAAGAGGUUGCUAGUGAAAAUGGUGCUGUUAAGAACUUUCAGAUAUGUGGAAAAGAUAUUCCUCGUGGAUAUUGGAUUUUCUGUCGUGGUAGCAAGAAUGAUACGAGGGGUUUUAGUUGUGGAUUAUGGGUUCUACUGCAUUCCCUUUCUGUGCGAAUUGAGGACGGAGAAAGCCAGUUUGCAUUCGCAACUAUCUGCGAUUUCAUCCACAACUUCUUUGUUUGUGAGGAAUGUCGCCAGCAUUUUUACGAAAUGUGUUCAAGCGUGUCUAGUCCUUUCAACAAAGCUCGCGACUUUGCUCUGUGGUUGUGGAGAGCACACAACAAAGUCAAUGAAAGAUUAUUGAAAGAAGAAGAAUCCAUGGGAACUGCAGAUCCAAAAUUUCCAAAGAUGAUUUGGCCUCCAAGACAACUUUGCAUGUCAUGCUAUCGUUCUCGCAGCAGCCAGCCGAUCGAAUGGGAUUUGGAUGAAGUACAUAAAUUCCUAACCAGCUAUUAUGGGAGAACACUUGCCUCUCUAUACAAAAGCAACAGUGCCCUUGGGACCAUUGGUGCCGAUGGUGUUCUUGAUGAGCCAACAACUUCAACAAAUGCAGUAGCAGUGCCGGUGGGGGCUGCAUUGGCAAUUGCUCUUGCAAGCUGCGCUUUUGGAGUGCUUGCUUGUUACUGGCGUUCACAGCAAAAGAGUCGGAAGUAUUACCACCAACGACAUUCUUUAAAGAAAUAUGAUUAUUAGGAGAGGGCCAAGAAGAAGCUCGGGGCUAAGGCCUUCAGAAGGUUAUGAUUAGACAGAAGUAAAAUAAUGGUAAGCUUCCACAUAACUUUUCAACAACACAGAGAAACUUUUGAAGUAUUUAACUGCCUGAGAUGAUGAGGUUUAAUGGGUAUAUUCAAAUUCAAGUCUGCAGCACACUCACUGAUCUUACCGAUACGUGUCAUGAACUUAUUUUUGAAGACAAAUCAUCCUAAACUUUUUUUUAUAUAUAUAAUUUUCAUUUUCACCUCACAGUGAUAAUAUAGCUUAAGCUUGAUUGUUCCAGAGAGAGAAAGAGGGACGAAGAGGAGAAGAAAAAAAAUAGAGAAGCUUUUGUAAUUUAGCAUAAUUGAGGAUUGAAAAGAUUGUUUAUGGUUAUUUUUGGCUUUCAGACAAGAAUAUCAGCUUCUAGCUGUUUUUCUUUGGUAGAUUAUCUUUGAGGAAUGUGAUUUUUGGAGUUCUUUAUAGCCUUUGA